AUGCAUUUUUUUCACCUUUUGCACUUCACGGCUGACUUACAGGGCAACGGAGUUUCCAUAUUCUGGUGUCCACCUAUCAAUAGAGUCAUCCUGUAUGCCGACUCAGACGGCUUCCAGAACGAAAUAGCUGUUCGGCUGUCCGAGCGCGAUACUUGGUCCACCGAUGCUGACUGCCGUGGGGUCGGAGGCAAUGCCGACGACUCGUUGAUGACUUCUGUUGUACCAUCAUCCACAAAGCCGUACGCUUCCAAUGGGGCGAGAGAAGAGGAGGACAAUAGCAGUUUUGCCGAGGGCAUGAUCAAAGCGGGCCCUAGUCGUGUGUCCCGAAAGCAGUUGAUGCAAGUCCUUGGCAACGUUUCAAGAGUUGGCGUGCGUCUACGCUUGUUGCAGGGUCAAGAUAGUCUUCAAUUGACCAACUUGGAGCUAGAGCACGCCGUUGCCACGCAGGACCAGAGGGACUGGGUCGGUGAGGUUGAGCAGUGCAUCUGCCCAACUGGAUAUGAAGGACUCUCUUGCGAGGUGGGAAGUUGGUAG